CAAUGUGGGGAAAUGACCGCGAGUGACCUCAAAGGGAACGCUGUAUUUUAGCGCCUGCUCGUAUUACCAUUUUAUGCUACAUUAAAGGGCAUUUUUACGUCAAAUUUGAGCUUUAAAUACAAGGGUAAAAUACGUGAAUUUACGGAGACGCAUAAGGUCUUUCGCUGGUCGCGCGACUGUCCUACUAGCUUGCAAGCGACGGGGCUAACAUUAGCUAGCUAAGCUAAAGUAGCCGGGUUUCUCGUUGCUAGCGGCAAGGCUUUCACAGUUUUUUUCUCCUGCAGAUGCUAAGCUAAGCUAGGCUAGGCUAGGCUAGCUGCUCCCAUGGAUAAAGCCAAGUCAAUGAUAGACAAGAAAGGAGCGUCGGGACCCUUUCACAUCAACAACGGGCAGAGUCAGAGAGGAUUUCAUGGCCACGUCGCAGUGGCCGCAAACGGCGGCUGUUGCAGCGGCAAUGCAUUCGGCUCGAGCACCGGACCCAACAGCAGCACGUUUGAGAACAUGCAUCAUCUGCACCGCGGCGACGAUGAGGAGUGUAACGGGUCCCCGGCCAAGAGGUGCAGGCUACGGAGGAGGACGGAGUCGGUGAGACGGAGCAGACCCCCCUUCCCCUGGUUUGGUAUGGAUAUCGGAGGCACCUUGGUCAAGUUAGUGUACUUUGAGCCAGUCGACAUAACUGCAGAGGAAGAACAAGAGGAAGUGGAAAACCUCAAGUCCAUCCGCCGCUACCUCACCUCAAAUGUGGCCUAUGGAAAAACAGGCGUCCGUGACGUCCACCUGGAGCUGAGGAACCUGACCAUGUGUGGCAGGACCGGAAACCUGCACUUCAUCCGCUUCCCGACACAGGCCAUGCCCCGUUUCAUCCAGAUGGGUCACGACAAGAACUUCUCCAGCCUGCACACGACACUCUGCGCCACCGGAGGCGGCGCGUACAAGUUCGAGAGCGACUUCAGAACGAUGGCCGACCUGGAGCUGCUGAAGCUUGAUGAGCUGGACUGCCUGAUUCGGGGCCUGCUGUACGUCGACAGGGUGGGCUUCAAUGGACACCCAGAAUGCUACUACUUCCAGAAUCCAUCAGACACCCAGAGCUGCGUGAAGAAGCCCUGCACCCUGGACAACCCUUUCCCCAUGCUGCUGGUCAACAUCGGCUCUGGGGUUUCCAUACUGGCUGUGUACUCCGAGAACAACUACAAACGGGUGACUGGGACCAGUCUGGGAGGUGGUACAUUCCUGGGCCUUUGCUGUCUGCUGACGGGCUGCGAGACGUUCGAGGAGGCGUUGGAAAUGGCCAGCAAGGGCGACUCAACCAACGUGGACAAACUGGUGAAAGACAUCUACGGAGGAGACUAUGAGCGCUUUGGCCUACAGGGCUCUGCGGUGGCGUCCAGUUUUGGUCACAUGAUGAGCAAAGAGAAGCGAGACAGCAUCAGCAAGGAAGACCUGGCCAGAGCCACACUCGUCACCAUCACUAAUAACAUAGGAUCCAUAGCACGGAUGUGUGCUGUCAAUGAGAAAAUUGAGCGUGUGGUGUUUGUCGGGAACUUCCUUCGCAUCAACACAGUGUCCACAAAACUGCUAGCCUAUGCCAUGGACUUCUGGUCUAAAGGACAACUACGAGCCCUCUUCCUGGAACAUGAGGGUUAUUUUGGAGCUGUCGGGGCGCUGAUGGAGCUGCUGAAGACAACAGAGGACCCGUGAAGGAAAUCAUGUCAUGACGUCAUCAACCCUUCAACAAGACGAUGUCAUCCACCCCUGAAUGCUGUGAUGUCAUCAACUCUCGAUGCUGUGACGUCAUCACCUUUAGACGCUGCUGACAGGUCUCAUUCACAGAGGCCGCUAAAGGAACACUAAGAGAGAGACACAGAAACUGAGAAAAGCCAUUUUAAUAAUUUAACUCUUGUAAAUAGCGAUAACCUCUAACAUUCAUCUCCUAAAUUCCCUAAACAGAGCCCCCCUAUCAUAGAGGUUUUAAUAUUGUGAUCUUUAAUUUAUGGUUUCCUGUAAUCACCUCUGUUGAUUCCUGUAAUCAGUCCUGUGUCGGGAAGCACAGAGUAUGUUGGUGUUUUUUUUUGUUACUGUGUGUGUUUGUGUGAAUAGCUACUGUAGCAUUACGUCCUGGAGGCUGCGGUGCCCCGGGCGACUCUUUGUGCAACAGUUCUGAGAUAGGACGUCUGCACAGAAAUGAAGUUACGCUUGAAUGAGCAAGUUUUACCACCUGGGACUCAAGGUGGUGGCGUUGCUACCGCAACCACAGUCAGAUCAUUUGACCACCAAUGCCUCCCGCCUUCAUCUGUCAGAGUGCAGACGGACAGGUGUAGCCGAACCUUUUGGCGAUGUUAACGUAACACUGCGGCUUCACCCAGCUCCAACUGCAGCUGGACAGCAGUUGUGGCUAAGGUUUGGAAGGUAUUUUGUUGCCUGAAUGUUGCACAAAAAGUUGCCCACCACGCUCCCGUCUUCUAAGGAGUGCACUGAAGCCAAAUCCUGUUGAGAUUCGUACGACACCUGCCUCCUUCGACUCAGAUGGGACGCAGAAAAACGGUCUUUAAUUCUUUCUGUUGCUCAACUGCACAUGGCCUUUUGUUCGUCUCUCUUCCGUCUGCCUACAUGUAAACAACAUUAACUUCACCAUAUUGCCAAGCAUGCCGUGUUUCGUGAGUUUAGUGUUAGAUGAUGGGACCAAGACAUUGUCUUCCAAGAAAUGGCGCUACAACUACAGUUCAGUCUGGCUCAGCGACCUGUGUUUGUGAUCUGUGAAAUACUACAGGAUCUCUGUAGGGAAUCAUUGUUUCUUUUCCUCCCGCCCUUCCCUGCCUGUCAGUGUCUAGCUCAAGGACACUUGAGCAGGGUGGAGGCCUGUUUCUUCACCCUCUGGUUCCUCUGCCACCCUGCUGCCUUGUUUGGAUGUCGCAGUGUGAUUUAAUGAGGCGUUCAGGCUGAGCUAAUGCAGUCUGAGAUUAAAUUUCCUCCAUUUGAAUCCCGGCAUAAAAAAGAUGGACCAAGAUGCUUUUAGCCAAGGGUCUCCCCUCAUAUAAAAUACACUCAUUCAAAUUUGCCAGCGGCAGAGUCAGUUCUGGGGAUUAGACUGUGUUCAUACUGUCUAAAGGUGCAGCUACUGUGCACAACAUUUGGUUAUUUGAUCUGAAAGUGCUGCUGGGUAGGUGAAGUUUUAUUCCAUCCACUUCGUACUCACAAACAGCGAGUAAAAACAGUCGUAGUUGGCCAACAUCCUCCCUGACUACGACCCUGAUGGUCACUUUUUAUUCUUUUUAGACCAUUUCAGAUAUGUGUGUUUAUAUUAUAUCAACCAUGAAACCUGGGGUAUACGACAUGCCCAGGUCCAGAACUGAUCAGAUUUAACCACACUUAUGCAAACCAAGUUGUGACACAAGCACAAAUCGCCUCAGAAGUAGUUUGCAUGCCUCUGUCUGUCUUCUAGGAUGGAAAACCCUCUUACUUGCCUGAAUUGCCUGUAAUUAUUUUCUGUCUUACUGCCACUUUUUAAAGGAAUCUUACCUGAUCUGCAAUAAUUUGGGGAAGUUGGAACUGUAAAUUACAUGCACACCUCAUCCUAAAGGCAAGGUUUGCUUGUAAUGUAUUAUGCAUGAAAUUGACAGCUGUAGAGAGGCUUCAUCAUCAGUGAUUAGAUCAUAGCUGUUCUGGAGAAACAUGGACCAGAAGUGUAUAGUUUCCUGUAAUACAGUAAUGUUUCCCCCCUUCCAGCCUGGACCUUUACAGCCUCUCAUCUCUGUUUAAUGUCAAAGCAGCUGAACUAUGAAGCUGGACGGUGCAGUCUCCACUGUCCACGGCUUUAUAGAUUUAGCACAACCGUCUACAUGCCUUUACUCUCAAUCAGAGAAACUGUGCUCUUUCCCUUUGUGGAAUCAGUCUUCUUGUAAUUCACCUCCAUCUCUCAGUUUUUGUAUUUGUUGUUGAGAUACUUCCAGACCAUCACUGCUAACACUUUUUGGUCGGUUAGUUUUCUGUUUUUCUGAGCCUGUUGUACAAGUGUUGUUUCAGCACGGGGGGGGGUUGUUGAAUUUCACCUACAGUAUAUUGAGAAGGGUAAAAUCCUUAUCAGCUAGUUGAAUGUAAGUAUUAUGAGCGUCGUAUAGACAAAAUCACCACGUUUUUAUCAAGCAGAUCCUCUGUGGUUCAUUCAUGCAAAUUUUAAAAAACAGUUUAAAAAAUUAGUAUUUUUCUACUGUGGAUAAAUUGAGUGUAACAGACUUCAUUCAUCACAUAUUGGCUUCGGUAAUCCAAAUGUCAGCACUUAUGCAAGUGUUAAAAGUAAAACUGUGGUGAAAUACUAUUUGAAUAGUAGUGUAUCGGAGCAACCAUUCCCUACGGAAACACUGAAUGAUCAAUGUGUUAGAUCAGUUUCAGGUAUGACGACGCUGCAGAUGUCCUUUUUGUUGUGUUUGUUUGUUUGUUUGUUUUUUUGCCUUGUUCAUCUCCUGUUUGGAUGAUAAUAGUGGCCUCAACCUAUCAGGUGCCAGCUUUAAAAUCAGGCUGAUGUUGGUAAUCUUGUGCCGCCCCGUCUUUUAAUCUGACAGCCCAGUCGGUUGCCUUCACUGUGUGUUAUCCUGGUCACACCAUGUUUGUGCCCUUCAGUUUCCUGUGUGAUUUAACUUCAACUUCUUACCUGCCGAACUUCUCCUCUGUGUUGUUGUAACGUUGUGCAUGCAGUUGCAUCCGUAUGUUCCGGUUUCACUCUUGCUUUCCGUUUGUUUUUUGCCAUUGUACUGUUCCAGAUUCAGAGCAUUCACAACUCACCUCUCAGUCCCAACCGUGUCAUAGCAAACAAACAUUAACUUCCACUACCCCUGCAACAGUCCUGGUAAUAAAAGAAAGCCACCGCAUUCUUUCAGCCUCACAGAUCAUUAUUAAUGAGAACUGGAAUUUGGAAAACUGUAGUUUCCCGACCUUUCUUUUCAUUGUUUUCGGGCAACAGUUUGGUUUGGGAACAUUUUUAAAAGUCAUAUGAUUUUUUUUAUCUUUAUCCUGCUUGUUUUUUCUUCUUCUUCAGUGGCCAGUAGUAGUAAUAAUGUGAGUUCAUGUGUUUUUCCCACGCAGAUUGAAAAUAUUAUUGUAUUGAAUUUCUUCUCAUGGUUUGAUCGCUUGUGGUUGGCACAAAAGAACCAGUGUGAUUGUUCCUAGAAAUGUAAACUCCUGCUCUGUCAGGCUGAAAAACCCUUUUAAACAUGAUUUGCAGCACUUACAAAAGUGUCUCAUUGUGAGUUGCACCUUUUAAACGCAUAUCAUCAAUGUCCUGCAGAGCCUUUCAUUUCAGAACAGGUGACCACCCCAGUAGAAGGAGCAUUCAUUAACAGUUUUAACUUUUACAAUCUGCUGUUCAUCAUGUGGCUCAGUCCUGUUGUCAGAGCUGUAAUUUGCAUUGGUCUCUGCAUAAUAUAGAUGACAUGUGUUUUAAAGUUGUUAAUUUUAUAGUGUACCUGUAUGUUUUCAGUGAUUGUAUAAGUGCACGCUAUAACAUAAUUUUCACACUCAGCUAAUCUAAACUGUUCCAAGCCAGAGUUACAGACACAUGAUUAUCAUGAGUCCAGAUACUUGUAGUAUUUUUGGACCUUACUAAUGUUCUGCUGCAGCUUCAGUGUUUUUGACUCCAAAAAACAAAUUACUAACAGUUGCUGGAACUGAAAUUCUUCAUAGAAAAUGUGUUUACCUUUUCCAGCAACAACGCUCAUGGACCCCAUCAUUCAAAGCAGCAUCACAUCUUGCCCCGUUGGCAUUUUUGUGAAGUUUCAUCCUUGUUAAAAGUGUUUCACACACAUUUACACAGAUGCAGUAUGAAUCAAGCAUUAAGUCAUUUUUGUAAAUAAGCUUUUAAGCAGCGAUUUUUCUGCUCUCAUGAGUCAACAGUGUGGGUGUUUGUCUGCUUUGAUCAUAGUCUGAGUUGUGAUUUUAGAUCUUUGGGGUUUGAAUCUCGUUAACACCUUGUUUGGGGUUCAUUUCCCGCUGGGACCAGCUGUACUCAGAUCAGUAUGUAUUUCUCGGUACUGUAAGAAACUUACAGUGGCUUAAACCACCCACCGAAUAGCAAAUGUUUUGUCAUCCAUAGUGAAUUCUAACCAACAGGCUAUGCAGUAACUCAUCCACUCACCUCUUCUCUAAAGCAACCAGAGUUGAUUUGACUUGUGUGUAAAUGGUUUUUUUUUUGUUUUGUUUUUGUUUUUUUAAAUAUGCAACCCUGUUAGGUUUCCCCUCAUAUAGAAAUCCUGUUUGAAUCUUGACGGAGAGAGUUUCUCCUCUCUGAGUUUGUCCUGCUGAUUUAGUAGUUAACACUAUUUAAGGUGGAUGCUUGCAACAGGAUGUUUUAGGCCAGAUUAUACACCAGAGUGAGCAUACCAAGCGUGCUUUUUCAAUCUGAUCUGUGGGACCUGAUCGUGCAAAGUACGUAUGCACUGUGUCACUGUGAGGUCAUUGGCUCAUGCAGUAAUAAGCUUUAACACACCAACAGUUAUUACCCUCGUUUCAUUCAAACUGUGCAUCAUGUUGGAUGAAUGAGCUGAAGCUUAGGUUAGACAGACUGAAUCUGUAAACACCUUGUUGCUGUGGAACCUCGAGCCUGAUACCAGUCACAGGGAGAUGAUGUUCCUUGUGACCCGCUGACCUUUUGCUUUGUUUUUCACCCCACUUUGCUAAACUUUUCAGGAUUUCCUCAGAGGUUCUUAACCUGGUCAAACAUCCUGUUGCGUGAACACAUUCGGCCUUCAAACUGUUUUUUGGAAUGCUUGACUGGCAGGACGGACCUUUUCACCCUUGUGUAUUUGAUUGUACAGAGAUUUUGUAAAUAAUAUUAAUAUGAUAUAUUCUACACCAGCAAUCUGUCUGUUGAUGAAGUUGUUUCAACUCUUCAGAGUCAAGUUUCCCCAAACAUGACUCGGCACAUCAUUUACAAUCCCAAUGCAGACAGAAGAUGCAGCGAGACAAACCGGUUUUCCACCUUCGCCAACACCUUUAGCAGAGCUGUGAUCAAUACUGUUCACAGAUACCUUUAGGAGUCUAUUGUAACCUACUCGUGGUAUAUGAGUGAUGAGAUUUUCCUCAUUAGGACUAGACACAUUAUGAGAAGUUCCUACGGUGAUUGUCUAAAAGUUCUGGCAUUCAUUGUCAGCCCACAUGAGUUAAAUACACCAAUCGGGUCUUUCUGUCCUUCUUUUUUACAUUUAUUGUCACUUUAAUAUAAUUUUCUCAAUUCCAUUCAGAUCCAUUUUACUUUGAUUAAAAAAAAACACAACAGGUAUGUCAUACUUGUCGAUGUUUGAACAUCGAUUGAGACCUGAAGGUGACAUGUGGUAUGUUCAAUUAGACCCUUCCUCCACACUUUUAAGUGUUAAACUCACGUCAUGUCUGGGUGUCUGUUUUCUGUCUGCUGGAUUUCAGUGCUGGCUGUUCACAUCAGCUCCUCUAUGAUCUGGAUUUGGGUGUGAAAGUUUUGGUAAGCCAGGUGCUGGUUGUUGGCAUCAGUUCUGCUGCUGCUUUUAACUCUGGUUUGAAAACAGAAAGGGUUAAAAAGAAAAAAAAUGGCAAUUAAAGAAAAGCCGGCUCCCUGCCUUGUGCAAUGCGUAUGUACUGAAGUGAAGAGAUUUUUUUUUUCUAAAAAGGAAUUAAACUAAAACUGG